CACUUUUUGAAAGCCUACAGCUGGAGCGAAAACCCGCGACUCAGAGCAUGUCAGAGCACCAAGGAGGGGAAAGAACGGGGCUUUGUUCCUGCUCAUCAGCUAGCAGAAAGGGACAGCAGGAGCCUUUGCUUAGCAACAUUUUUUUUUUUUUUUUGGAUGGGGUGUAAAUAGGCAGUGGGCGCUUUUAUGGGGAUUUGCACAUUGUAGCCCGAGUGGGAGACGCUGCCAAGCUUUUGUGCAGGGAGUCGCUGGACGUGAAUGGGUGGGCUGGGGUGGAAAACCACGUCAUUUGUCGCUGAUAAUGGCUGAUACAGGCUGGUUCUUCUGCUGGCCUAGGGGCACCGGGCAGCAGCUCUGUUAUAUCCCAGGCCCUGCGCUCUGAAUAGCAGGAAGCACUUAUUUUCUGUUUUGAUCUGAUGUGGGCCAGUGUUCAGCAGAGGAAGGUGAUAUGUGAGCGCGAUGCAUGCAAACCAAAGUCACUCCUUUGUGGAAGCCGUCCAGCAAAUUAUCCUGGAAACCACAAGGUCCCAAAAGGAAACAGGCGGCCGGGAGCUGGAAGGACACGUUAGAUGCUUGAAGUCAGGGAUACAACUCGGUGGGGAAGAAACUCCCAUGCAUAUCUUUGUUUCUAAGUGGCGUGUGUGUUUUUGCCUUCCUCUAAUGUAGACUUGCUGCCGGCUUUUUGAGAAACAGAAGUAAUAGGCAACCAUCACACGCUGUUUAUUUAGUGGGGUUACAUAAGUGUGGCAUGAGGCCCAGUGUGCGUGUGUGUUUGCGAAUGCAGGAGACAGGCCUGGAUCUGUGCACGGCUGGAUUCGGCCGAUCAGCUGUGGGAGGGAAAGGUGGGUGUGGUGAGCAGUGAUUUUUUUAAAGCCACAAAGUAGUUCAGGGCCCCAAAGCUCAGAGGAUCUGCGGCGACGGCUGAACAACAGGGAAAAUAUGAGUGCUCCUCUUAUGUAAGGACAUGGGCACUGCUGAAGGCAUAACGUCACUUCUGCGAGCGGAAGAAACCUUCUUGGCGUGUCUAGCCCGGAUCGACUCCAUCAUUCUCAAGCCCAUGUUGCAAGCGGAACCUUAUGAUCAGAAAGGAAAAGAAAACUUCAAACUCUUGCUGCUGUUGAAUGACCGAUUCCAUGCUCUCUGGGACGUGACGGAGGACCACCACCGAGCCCUACGGCAGAAGUUCAGCACAUCCACGUCCUUCCACAUCCAAGACAUCUACAUCAUUUGGAAGGCAGACCUGUUUCUCAGGCACUACAUCCAGUACUUCACAACUUUUUCAAACUGUGUUGUAGUCCAGAGCUUUGACCAAGCUGCAAAGAAUAAGAGUGAAGCUUGGAAGAAUCACAAGACAGUGCUGAAGCAAUUUCUCACAGAUGGGAUCCCAGAGACCUCCGUAUCCAUGGCCUUGCAUACCAUCCUCCAGAAACCCAUCCGAGAGCACGUCCAGCAGUAUUCCCUCAUCCUUACCAGGUUGAGCGAGACCACCGGAAAGUGCCCGGAGAGAGACCUGAUUACCAGUGCCAUCAAGGAAUAUGCAGAGCUGCAGUCUUUCAUCAGCCAAGUGCUGGAUGAAGCCUGUUUGACCAAAGCCCUGUGGAGAUCCUUGGGGCACAAACUUACAGAUGCACUUUGUCUUCCUGAGCGCAAGCUGCUGGAGGACAGCAAAAAUCUUCCGAUUUUUGCCAGUACGGGCCGGUCUGACCAGGUACUGCUCUUCAAUGAUGCCCUAGUGCUCAUUCAGGGAAGCAGCUUUCAGAGUUUUGAUCUGAAGGUCCUGUGGGUCGAUGCAACCUGUGGGGAGAAGCCGGCCCCAGAACUGUGUAGUCUCCGCAUCAUUACCCCUGAAGAUACGUUCUUCCUCUCCACCAAGGAGCCACAGAUAAGGGCUGUCUGGCAGUGGAAGCUGAGUCAAGCGGUGCGUCAAGCGCUGAACGGGAAGAGAGACUUCCCUUUAUGGAGCAAAGCUGGAGGAGGAAACGAGCCUCCAAUCUGUCGCUGUUUCAAGCACAUCUUCCAGACGGAGGGCAGGCUCAAGAAUGCGGUGUACGAAGGAGAAUGGUGUUGGGGGAAACCACAUGGCAAGGGGACGCUGAAGUGGCCUGAUGGACGUAACCACGUUGGAGACUUCAAGGAGGGCUUGGAACAUGGGUUUGGGAUCUGCCUUAUCCCUCGCGUUUCUGAAGAUCGCUUUGACUGCUAUAAAUGCCACUGGUUUGAAGGCAAAAUGAGAGGCUAUGGAAUCUGUGAGUAUGGAAAUGAGAUGGUCUACAAGGGAUACUUCAAGGAUGACCUGCGUCAAGGCUUCGGCAUCCUGGAAGACACCUCAGCUGAGCAUCCCUUUAAGUAUACGGGGCAAUGGGAAAACGACAAGAAGAACGGCUAUGGAGUUUGGGAUGACAAAAACAGGGGGGAGAGAUACAUUGGGAUGUGGCAGGAUGACCACCGGCACGGCCAAGGCAUCGUGGUGACUCAGUCCGGCAUUUGCUACCAAAGAACAUUUCACGCAGAUAAAAUGGUGGGCUCUGGGAUUCUGCUUUUGGAAGAUGACUCUAUCUAUGAAGGCAACUUCACGGAAGAUCUGAUGUUCGUUGGGAAGGGAAAGCUGACCUUUGCCAAUGGCUUCACUCUGGAGGGCACCUUUAGUAACAAGUCGGGUCAAGGGCUGCAGACGCAGGGAGUCCUGAACACUUCCAGCGAUCAGCUGGGUGACAGAAUGAUCAAAGUUCAGUUGGGUCUUAACAAAUUCCCAGUGGAGACGAGAUGGUGGGGAAUCUACGACCAGUUUUUGGGGUUCGUCCACUCUGGCUGCAAAGAAGAAACUGAGGAGUCUUUCACGGGGUUUCACGUGCAGACAAGCAAGGAGCUACGGAAAUCUCAGGAGUAUCUCUGCUGCCAAAGGGGGGCUGAGGAUGCACCUGGGAAGAUGGAUGACAUCCUUGAAGAGCUAGUUCAGCAUCGCGAGCCGGAGCUGCUGCACUGCUAUCUACAAAAGGUUCUGAAUUCUUCCCUCCACCCAUUAGGAAAGCUGCUGAAGACCCUGACAUUAGCCUUUCAAGCAACCUACUCUGGGACAGGGGCAAACAGACACCUACUGAGCAUGGCCCAAGAGGAGGUCAAGCACUAUGCAAAGAAAAUCUGGGAGUUUUACCAGGGUUUGCUACAUUUGGCCCUGGAGCAGAAAGGCCAACCAUUGGCAGAGAUGGAAGAUGCAGAGACAAGCAACCUGAAUGCCUACGGCAUGAUUUUACCUGUGAUCCUGCCCUGUUUCUACCCGGAGCUUUUCAUGCUGUACAUGCUGUAUCAUGAAAAGGAAGAUGACCUCUACUGCCAAGGCAUUGUGAACCUGAGUUUGUUUUCUGACCUAAAGCUGCUGGAGUUCCUGGAUGUCCAGAAGCACCUGUGGCCCCUCAAAGACCUCAGCCUAACAACCAAUCAGAGGCGCUCCCUGAUCAAAGAUAAGUGCUUCCUUUCUGCCACUGAAUGCCUGCAGAAAAUAAUCAUGACCGUGGACCCCCGGGAAAAACUGGAGGUCCUCCAGAAGACGUAUGAGGAGAUUGAAAGCACCGUGUCACGGGUGGCAGGGAAGGACUAUAAACUCCCAAUGGACGAUCUCUUACCGCUGUUUAUGUACGUUGUGUCACGAGCCAGUAUACAACAUCUAGGUGCAGAAAUACAUUUGAUCAGAGAUUUGAUGAAUCCUACUAACGCAGGAGGGAUGUAUGACUUUCUGUUAACAGCACUGGAGUCUUGUUACGAGCACAUUCAGAAGAACAUCAAGCUUCAGCACAGAGAGACUUGGCAAUCGUCACGUGAUUCCCGACGGUUAUAAUCCAGAGAACUCCGAUUUGUGCAUUUUGGUGGAAGACUGUUAGGUGAAGGAACUGAGUCACUGCCACUCUAGUUACCUUUCCAAUGGGAAGAAUGCUUAUUUUGGAUCCGAGCUUUUAUUUAUAGUACAAAAGCCUGGACUCGUUAAGAUACCACGAUCAAGACACUUCCCUCCAAAAUCUCUUGCCCUUGGUGGGACUUCGAUCUGGGCUCCUGUCCCUGACAUACAAUAAAGCAAAAAUAGACUCUAAUGCAACAGCCAAACUAUAAUCAAAGCCACUGAAUAUUGGCCUGAAAUCUGCAAGCCUUCAUUUUUGUGUUCUGGGCAAAACCGUUUUCAGAACAAAUCAUUCUGUGGAAUGUGUAUUGAAAUCUUAGCAUAUUUCCCCCUUCAUUUUACAAGCAGCCUUUGCUCUAUAAUCCCAUUUUUAACGACUCUCGUUUUUAUGUAUUUAUUUUGCACUGGCAAACUACCCGAAGAGGGAAAAUGUAUUUAUAGAAACCAUACAAUGAAGCUGAAAGAGCUGACCAAAGCUGCAUACCUAGAACUGAUCCAUGGAUAGACUCAGCUGCAUGGAAACAGAAAAGGUCCCUCUCCUUCCUGCAGUAACUCUUCAUGAAAUAGUGAAGCUGAAGGCUGCGUAUAGCUGAAAGGAGGAUCUCACCCCAUCCUCUUGGCCAGACCCUCUCUGCUCCAUCCCUGCUGUGUUUUUAAAGCUGCUAUGGACUCAUUUCCCUUGUUGGUGCUUUUUAAUUGUAAAUUAUUAUUUUCCCUUGCUUCCUGCUGAACCCUAUUUAACUUCAGGGAUGUCCCCAUCUAAGCUCUUUUGUGCCUUAUAUAAAUAGGUAUUACUCAGCUCUGUAGAUGCAUAGAUAAUACAAAGGAGACAAUAUCCUGCAGCAAAAGAACUCUGUAGUUCUGUAAAGGAACCAACCAAAACCCAUUUUAAAAUGCAUCACCUCCUGCACUUACUGUCUGGUGGAAACACCCUGAUCUUCCAGAAAUACAAUUUCAUGCUGAUGCAUCCUCCCUUUGAAAUGGAGCUUAUGGGGCAAUAUCAGGACAGAGCAUGACUUGCUUCUAUAGUGCCUUUUUUAAAAAAAGGCAAACUGUGUAUAUAGAAUAUUGCACUGAAACCAAAAUACACUAAAUAGGAAUUUAUCCAAGUUGGAUAUUAGAGCAAAAGCUUUAUUUAACUGGAUUUGAACCUGCUUUUUUUUAAGUCUGAUGUGAAGUUGUCCCCUAUUUUUAUAAUGAUGCUACAGACUGUCACCUCAUGACUAUCGCAAGCUUUGUGUUUUGUUGAAUGAGUUGAAACUGUUUUAUAUCAGAUUGACUCAGGACUCUUGUUAAUGUGUGUUUUAUAUUUGUAUGUAAAUAAACCCUAUUUCUAUUUUUAAAGAGA